AUGGAAGACAAAUCUGCAGUUGUGGUUGAGGGUGCUGAAGAGAAGGUGGAGAAGGAAGAGUUUCACAUGAAGGUUGUAGAGAAAACAGUGAAACAUUCUGAUGAAGCUGAGGAGAAGACAAAGGUGAAAGUGGAAGUGAAGAAAACCAAAUCAAUGGAGAAGGAAAAACCAGAGGAUAAGGAAGAGAAAGAAGACAAAAAGAAGCUGAAAGAAAAAGAGAAAGAGGAAAAGAAAUCCUCAAAGAAAGAGAGUAAUAGUGAUAACGAAGGAGAAAAGAAGAAAAAGAAGGAGAAGAAGCACAAGGAUGGCGAAGAUUUGGAGGAGCACGAUGAGGCAAAGAAGUCAGGAAAAGAGAAAAAAGAUAAGAAAGAGAAGAAGGGUAAAGAAGACAAAAAAGAAGUAGAGGAAGACAGCAAUGAAGAAGCUGAGGAAAAGAAAGAUAAGAAGAAAAAGGAGAAGAAAGAUAAGCAUAAGGAAGCUGAAGGCAAAGAGAAAUUAGAGAGCGCAUCCAAGAAGGAUUCAGAUGAAAAGGAUGGAGGGAAGAAAGACAAGAAAGAGACGGAGAAAAAGCACAAGAAAGACAAGGAGGGAGAAUCCAGUAAGGGAACAGAUGGAGAGGAGGAAGAGCUCAAAGAAAAAAAGGAUAAGAAGAAAGAGAAGGAAAAAAAGAACAAGGAGGGAGAUUUUGGUAAGGAAACAGAUGGAGAGGAGGACGAGCAUAAAGAGAAGAAGGACAAGAAGAAGAAAAAGGAGAAAGAAAAGAAAAGUGGAAAUGAGGCUUGUGAGAGUAGUCCUAGUGGUAAUGAAGUCGCCUCAAGGGAAAUUACUGUCUCUGAGAGUGAAGAUGGAAAGAUCUCGGGUCACGCAGAAGAUGGUGAACAGAAAGAAGUGAAGGAUGGUAAGGAUAAAAAGGACAAAGACAAAAAGAACAAGGAUGACAAGAAAAGAAAAGUUGAAGAUAAGGACAAAGGUAUGAGUCUCGACAAAUUGAAAGAAAAAUUAGCAAAAAUCAACUCCAAGAUUGAGAGUCUUCAGGAGAAGAAGGCUGACAUUUUGAAGAUGAUCAAAGAAGCCGAGGAUUGCAAUCAUGUUCCUGUUGAGAAACCCAAAGAUCUGGAAAAGAAGACUGACGAUAAGCAAGCUGAUAUUCAGGUUGCUUAG